AUGGAGUUCUCCACCGCGAAUACAGAAAAUCGAUCAGUUGCGACCUACACCUCUGCACCUCAUCAUCACUCUCCAACACCCAAGCAGACUGAGCUUCCGCCGUUGUCAACACACAACGCCUCGCCUCAUGGUAGCUGCCAUCAUGUCGCUGCCAAGCUUGCGAUGACCAGAUUCCGCACAAUCAAAGUUGAUCCCGGCCUGCUCCAUUGGGCCCGGCGGCUACACGACAACAUUCUAACGGCACAGCAGCCUGAAAAUAUCACCGCAUCUACUUUGGAGCGUGCCAAGUGCUCAAACUCUCGCUACGUGCCCAAUAGUCUUGUCCUCUGGAUUCACGGUUUCACAAUACCAUGGCCUCCAUCAUUUACCCAGACCGCUUGGGACUGUGAUCUAUCCAGCGGCUGGUGGCUUCCUCUCAAGUCCCUAUAUGCAUAUGUCUUCGUUGCUUUGGUUUUCUCUUCUUCUGUCAUCUUGAUGAUGCAGCUUUCACUGUCGCUUAUGCUUUGCUUUCUUGUUUUAUUUCUAUACCAUCCUAAUACUACAAGCUAUGCUACGUUAAUAUCAACAGAGUCAACUGGUACACAAUCGAAGCCUUCGACAUUGGUGCGUUCACUGGUUGGUACAGCCAGUCCAUUGACCUCAUCAAAUGGCUUCUAUUCCACUGCGUCCGCCGCACAUUUUCAUGGCAUGUCGCCCGGCGUGUUCCCACCAGGUAUCAACGUACCACAAUCUGUACAAAAGGCUCAACAAUGCUGGUCUCAAAUCAUGACCUGGACAUCCUCGAGCUUGGAAUGGUACAGCGCAACUGUUGCGAAUCGCGCGUGGCCCUUGGUGACAACGACUACACUGGCAACGGCUAAUUCGACUGUAACCACCACGAUUUAUCCGACCAAUGUCAGCACCUACACACUGUGUGAUGGCUCAGCUAGAGUUGACCUUGAUCCUGUCACAUCAACCAUAACCUCAUUCACUACAAUGGGUGUCUUUACGCACACCUCAUUAGCAACGCCGACAUUCGAGCCUCAGCCUUGUGAGCCGUCUCAGCGGGACUGCUACAUAUGGUAUCACAACUCGAAUGCAUCGACUAUCAACGAAGACGCUUUGCUCAAUCUUUGCGGCAACCCCGUCCACGGGAAUGAGCCUUGUGUCUUCGCCAUCAAGGAUGCGGUGGAAUUAUUAUACUUUCCUGUCACCACUGUUGACGGUGAUUUGUGUGCUGGAAAUGGCUCAACAAUACAAGCAACCCCAACCAUAUCUGGUCAACCAAACACGGUCUCGGCAUUGGGACGUAUCUUCACGAGCGGCAAGGUCUAUUUGUCGAUGGCUUCAUUGUUUGCGACUGAAGAUGGCUAUCCUGAUCUUACAGUCGGCACCCCACUGAGCAACUUCAUCCUGACUUUGGAGUCUUCUGAAGUGAGCACGCAACGCAGCGGCACAGGAGUUAAUACGCAGAUCAAUUAUGCGGAUAUGAACUGGCCUGUACCGGCGUCUGCAUGGGCCUGUCAAGGUCGCUGUGCUAAAUAUGACUUUGAUGACUCUGUUCCGAGACCGAGCUGGUGCAAUACGAUCUACCAGCACCUGAACCCACUCAUCGAUAUUCCUAGCAAGAUCACUGACCUGGAUCCCGCAUGGAAGACAUGUACAUUGGAGCCAAAGUACAUGGCAGGAUUCUGGUUCGAUCCACCGAUCACUCUACAAGAGCAGCAAACUGCCGCACAACCGACUCUUCCUACGGCCAAAACUACGACAAGUACUUCUGCUGCAGCUGCUUCAACUCCUAAAAAUCCAGCAGCUGCUAUCACAUCGGCUCUACCACAUUCUUCUGCGACCCCAAGCACUGAAUCUAAUCUGAAUAGCGACGGGAACGGCCAAACCACUCUGACAAGUGCUAGUCACCAUUCUCAAUCACGGCCCAACGAAGGGGUCUCGACCAGCUUGGCUCCUAAGAUCACGAAGAUCGUCACCUCAACGUUCAGCUUCAAGUUCGACCCGUCUUCAGCUCCAGCUCAACCUGCAGUAUCUGAUCCUGGCGCAGGCCCUCUCGAUCCCACAGACCCCGUUACUUCAGAAAUAGCGAACGCGCCGGCUUUCUCAAUCCUCACCGAAGCUUUGUCGACUUUCACGAACCCUAUUCUAACUUCGCCUGGAGCAAGUCAUCCAGAAGGCAGCCAAUCCUUUUCACACGACCCUAAUCAGUCUCUUGAGAGCUCCAGGCAUUCGAACGCGCAGCCAAAAGCAACACAAACCCACCAUGAGACGCAGACCUCUUUUGCAGCUGGUGCGGUGCUCACUCUCUCAAGUACGACUAUUACAGCUCUCCAAAGUAGCGACUAUUUCAUCAUCGGGUCCAACACUCUCCGCAGCGGCGAUGUGGCCACUAUCUCCGGUCACGCGAUUAGCAUCAACUCGGGGGCCAUCGUAGUUGAUCAGACUACGGCACAUUUGACCGCAUUGACCAGCGCUGCGGUAACGGGACCCUCGCCGACCGUUAUACAAGCAGGCGAGGUUCUGCUCACUCCCAUUGCCACUACCUCGAAUGUCAUCAGUUUCGCCGGUACCGAGAUCACGAGGAGUGGGACCACGUACAGCUAUGGCUCUGAUGGACUUGAGAUCAUGGCAGGCCGUACUCGAACAACGAUGGAGACGGUUGGUUCUGAGGCCAACAAGACUCGCGCCAGUCUGCCGGUUGUAGUUUUUUCGACGAGUUCAACGACGUCGACGAGCGAGUCUCGGUAUGAUUGGCCCACGGAGACGGCGAUAUCGACGACCGCAGCUUCCCAAGCGAUCAGCAGCACCUGGACAAAUUCAUCAAGCUCGCUCUGGAUUUUGGCCGUGUUGUGGGCAUGGAUCGAAAAUCUUAUUAGCUUUGGGUAAAUACGUCAGUCAGCAAGGUCGGUCUAUUGGCUAGUCCACGACGUUUUUCUGUCACAACGAUGCUGGACUUCGCGAAUCAUGUACGACGGCUCAGAAUAAAAGCAUUUCAAAAAUUUUACGUAGCCAGUCGCCAUGUAUACACGAUGCAGUUCUCAGGAGCCAUAUGCCGGAUAGAAAUUGCGAAUGCAGACAUUGUUCCGGACCUGGCGACGAUGUGAUACGUCCAGGAGAAUGUUGCAUGGGACCCGGGUACCAAAAGCCUAUCGCUAUCGGCGACCAGCCUGUGAGAGGGGUGUUGACCAGAUUCAGAACAAGGGCGAGCUUCGAAUCCUGGGCGAGAGUGAGCAAGGGAUGGCACACCGACAUUGACGCAUUUUGAAUAAUGUGUGGUGUUGAUGUCUCAGGUUUAUUGUUGACAGAGGAGAAACUCUAAUAAUGAACAUACAUGUAUGUACGCGUCUCGGGGAGCUCCAAAAAAGCAUGGCUGCUGCACGACUGAACAUAAAUUGGUAAAUACUCAAGCCGAAGAAAGCUUGGAGACCGAUCGGUGUAGCGCAGGGAAAGAGGAAAAGAGAAGCAGUAGAAGGGAGUGAGUUUGAGGAUCUGGAAAGAUGGGUUUGCAAGUAUACACAAAAGAAGCGAAAGCUGUAUCAACUAAUGUUAAGGUCUUGAGACAAGCAAGAACAUCCGAUACAUUGAAGAUUGUACGAGAUGUUUGUGAUGAUGUGUCCCCAAAAUGUUGUGUUCAUGUCGUUCCAGCGCCAGGCCUGCCAUUUUGUGUUCGCUUCGCCAUAGAUGCUUUUGCCUGCACAAGGGACAUUGGUAUCCCAGAUCAAAAAAGGUUCUCAAGUCGUGAAGUCGUGAAAGGGGGCGUGCGUAUAGGCGUCUUUUGUACAACAAAUGCCGCUUGCUGUCAUGCUUCGCUGCGAUACGUAUAUUGUUCCUGCGCGCAGAGAUCAACUCCGGAAGCUCAGCCAAAACACCAGGUUUUUGCCCAAGAAGUGCUGUAAUUUGCUGAAGGAUGCUGAGAAGGGAACGCGCUGUUUUCGCGUUGUACUUAGUCGAAGCACCACUUCAUUCCGUGGACACGACCGUCACCAUUUUGUGUGACCUUGUUGAAGAAAUCUUGAGACAAGUCGAGGUCGUUCUGGGUGCAGCCUGGGCAGCGGUCGACAAUCUUGGCCUUGUAGAGCGAGCCGUCCUUGCCGGUGAUUGUAACGUAUUUGCCGCAGAGCGGGUUCUUGUUCGGGUUUCCGCCAACAGUGUAGGCAUCGAAGAUCUUCUCUGGAAUGGCUACGAUGGCCUCGUUGGAAGUGCUGGUCUCACCGCAAGCACCAAGACCAACAUCGUACCAGGUGAGGUCUCCAGAGUAGUAGGUGCCGGAGGCACCCAGGCCGCUGAGGCCAUUGCCGGAAGAGCUAACGCCGGAAGCUGGAGCGGCAGGUGCUGAGCUAGGGGUUGGUGCAGUGUAGGUGGGAGGAGUCGACGUUGCUGGAGGAGUGUAUGCUGGCGCAACGUAGGUAGAUUGUGGGGUGGAAGGAGCUGGAGGAAUGUAUGCAGGUGGAUGGCUGCUGCUGCUUGAAAAAGCUGGAGGAGUGUAGGCAGCUGGUGCAGGGCUGCUCGACGGGCUGCUGCUGGCUGGAGGAGUGUAGGCAGCUGGUGCAGGACUGCUAGACGAGCUGCUGCUGGCUGGAGCACCAUAUGGCUGUGGGGCUUUGACAUUAGGCGGUGGGGUCUCGCCGGGUUCGAUCCAGACAGUCUUGGUGACAGCCACCGUCUCAAUGUCAACCUCAGUGAGGGUGACCCAGACGUAGUCCCGUUUGUGGGCUGGGUGGUGACGAUGGUGUGGGUGUUGGUCGGCCAUGGGCACGGCAGCAACCAAGGUGAGGAGGGCGCCAGUCGCGGCGAUAAUGCUGUUGGUAAACAUGUUUACGCUGUGGGUCUGUUCCAAGUGCAAGAAGUUCGUUGGUCUGUGGUAAUGAUUGGUAGAGAUCGACUUGCGACUCUAGUGGUAGCUUUGCAAUUGGCUGUGAAGGCUGGUUUCGACACAAAGAGUGUACUGGUCUGUCAAAGACCGAAUGAAGGUCGAAGUGGGAAACGAGAGUGGUGUUGGCAAGACCUUCAGACCCGUGAAGCGUGUGGUGGAGGGAGGC